UGCGGGAUCCGAAGAUCCCAUUAUGAUACCCGAUUACAUGAUGAAGCAUAGAGAGCUAGAGAGGAUGAUUAGGUUUACGUGGUUGGAUGUUCCACUUACCCUUUUCAGGGUUGACCCAAUAACCAUCUUAAAUUGGGCCUUCGGUGCUUAUGAAAAUGGACCCGAUCCAUUACAAAAGGGCAUGAAAGUGAUUGGAUAUUGGUUCAUCAUGGUCAUUUUGAUUUCAAGCGCGUCUUCGCCGUCGGCCGCCCCGGUGGUUCGCCUCUCUUAUUCCGUCGCGGUCUCUCUUUCUUUUACAGCUGUUCAAGGAGUGGAGAUGAUUGGCAAUUUGUUGCCAGCCUGCUUUUCUACUACUCGAGAGGAAAAUGAUAUACAAACACCAAAGUUUCAAGAGUUUCUGUGAAGCAUUUUUUCUCAAUUAUUGUAUUAGUUCUUCCUCCUUUGAAUAAUGUGUUACAGAAUUUCCUUAGAAAGUGAGUGACCUUACAGUUUAACAUGUGACAAAAGCUUAUGGCCUUUGGCAGGACACAAGGAACACUAAUGCCGAUGAGAAUUUGAGAACAUGUUAUUGCUUUUAUGUAUAUUUUUACAUCUGCAACAUGAUUUAGGCUAUUUUUUAAGGUGGCCUCAAAGUGGUUUUCAUUCAUACAAUCGUCUGCAUAGUUUUUUGCUUCAGAAUCAGAUGAUUCAUUCCUGAUACAACAUUAGCAUUUGUAGACAUCCACAAAUACUUAAAUCAGAUAUCUGAUAUUUCUCAAUCCUUAAUGAUUUUCUGUAGUGAAACUGUUAAUAGUUCCAUACAUUUUGUAGAGUUGUUUUUGGGGUAUGAGGGCAUUGAACUAUUUGUUGUGUCAUUUCAAAUCCAGUAUGACUUGUUAUAUUAAUCCAAUUAAAAAUAAAUUUAAAAAUUUUUGGUUCUAACUUCUAAGUAGUUCAUACAUACAAGUUAAAUUGUGGAGAACAUUAUGGUUUGUUUUUGUGUUACAGUUUUUAUGGUUUAGGCCAGAAAAUACUGUGCUGGGUUCAAAACAUAUUUGAUUUACAUUUUUUUUUUGCAAGUUUAAGCUUUAGUUUACAUUUUUUUUAGGGUGACUUUUCUUAUUUGGGCUAGGAAAUUAUAUGCUAGGUUGAAGCACAUUUUUUCCUACAAUAUUGAUAAAGAUGAUAAUUUAUUUUCUUGGUUCCAUGGGUUCCCUUUAUUGGAACCAUGUUUCUAUUUAUUUUUGUUUCGAAUUGGUCAUCAGCACUCUUACCUUGGAAACUCAUACGGUUACCUCAGGAGGACUUAUCCACACCUAUGAAUGAUAUAAAUACUACUGUUGCAUGAGUAUAGGUUUAGUGGGUGACAUUUUUUAGUUCUGUACAUGCUUCUAGGUUGAUUAUGAGUGGCUUUCUUGGUAAAAUUGAGAAUGAUAGCUUUGAAAUGCUCAGUCACUUGUUCAUGUCAGUCAAAAUUCAUAAUAUGCCUCACUUAGAAUUGUUGCAUCAUAAGGAAAGAAAAAAGAGAAAGAGCUUAGAUUUAUAGCUACUGCAAUAAUAGGCAGCUGUAUCAGGUGAUGUAACAUCUUAAGAGAUUGAAUCCCCUUCAAAAAUUUGUAUUCUACUAAGUCUUUCAGCCUUGACUAUUU